CUCACAAGGGGAGGAGACAGGAAUGGUAUUAUAAAUACGACUCCGGAGCUCACCUGCGUCACCUGCCUACGCUUCUUUGAAACGUUCAGAAUGUGUAAUUUCGUGCGUUUGACACUGGUUCUUCUCUGUGUUGCCGUAUUGGCACACUCUGACGACUCCAGGGAGCCUGACUGUACCAACUUCAGUCUUCCUAUGUGCCCCCGUAACUUGGAUCCCGUGUGUGGAAGCGAUGGCAACACUUACGCCAGCGAGUGUAUGCUUUGCUUUGAAAACAUGGAGAAGAACACGGACGUUCGCAUUGUAAGCCAAGGAAAUUGCUGAGCCCGGAAUUCAACAUGCGUCUUCAACUGAGCUUGGCAACCUUUUUCGUUUUCUGUUGCUUGGACUUACUGCCCUGCAAAUAUUAAAUAUGCCUCUCCAAACCCAGUUCUUGGAUUGCCGCUAUCCUGUAGCUAUGUUCCAACCCUGGUCUAGCGCACCUAACGAUUAGCUGGCUGACCAGUGUUACAGCUGGCAUCAGGGGAGCGGUCCAUGUCCAAGCCCUGUUGCUUCAACAAAACCCUUGUCUUUCAUAGAGUACCUAACACUCCAUUUUACAAAUCUGAAUGACUUGUAAAAAGCUUUUAAAUGUCUGUCUUCAUCUUGGGUUUUAACCUUUGUCAUUAAAAUGGUUUUAGAAAAAGCA